GUUCUAGGCAUUUCUGUGAUAACAGUACGAUAAUUCAAAGAGUCCCAAGUUGGACACGAAAUCGCGGAUCCGCCCGGUGAAUUUUUAGAUGCCGGUCCUUACCUCUUUGCAGAGCAAUACGGUGUCGCUUGUCAACAACUAUGAUACCUGGAUGUUCGAUUGCGAUGGUGGGUCAUGGCACGAUGAUCAACUAACCGACGGCGCUUUCGAUGUUUUAUGCCUCCUACGACAUCAAAAGAAGACCAUCGUGUUUGUCACCAACAAUGCCAUGAAGUCGAGAAGACACUACAAGGCAAAGUUUGACAAGCUCGGGAUAGAGGCUUAUAUGGACGAAAUCUACGGAUCCGCCUACGCGUCCACAGUGUACCUGUCAUCUGUCAUCAAGUUUUCGAAAGAGAAGAAAGUGUACGUGAUAAGAAUGUCGGGAUUGGAGGAAGAACUCAAGGACGAAGGCAUUCAAUAUCUCGGUGGAACGGAUUCCUCUGAUUGCACUUUAGCACCGUUCUUUCUUGCCGAUUUCGUUCUAGACGAAGACGUCGCCGCGGUACUGUGCGGUUAUGAUAGUAACAUCACCUACACCAAACUGUCGAAGGCAUUUCAAUAUCUCACUCGAAAUCUGGGGUGUCAAUUUCUUGUGACGAACGAGGACACCACCUAUCCAAACGCUUAUGGUGUAUUGCCUGGAGGAGGAGCUUUAAGUGCACCGCUACGGUAUGCUCUGGGAAAAGAUCCUUUAUGCAUCGGAAAGCCAUCAACUAUCAUGCUCGACUGCAUCAGAGUGAAGUCUUCGCGUGUUUAUUUACCUAAUCUUUGAUUGUAUUCAAGGCCCAUAGAGAUCUGAGAGAACCCUCACAAUCAUAGCGUCACCAGUUACCAUCGAUCCUAUUAGAAAC